CACGCGCGUGAAGUUUUCCAAGCAUCGCCGAGCGCGCGAGGUCGUUUGUUAAUGCCAGAAGCCCCGGACACCCACUGUCACGUGAUCUGAUCCUGGCGGCGGCACCCUCUGACCUCCCGGUGUGGGGUGAGAGGUCACGCCGCCAUUUCACCAGGCGGGGAGUUAAGUGCGAGGAGUCAGUAUCCCUGCUCCUCUCUAUCCGCUGCAAGGAGAUGUCCUCCUUCUCGGAAAGCGCGUUGGAGAAGAAACUCGCCGAGUUGAGCAACUCGCAGCAGAGCGUGCAAACCCUGUCGCUCUGGCUGAUCCACCAUCGGAAGCACGCCGGUAUUAUCGUGCACGUCUGGCACCGAGAACUGAAAAUAGCUAAACCGAGCAGGAAACUGACGUUCAUUUAUCUGGCUAAUGAUGUCAUUCAGAACAGUAAGAGAAAAGGUCCUGAAUUCACCAAGGCCUUUGAAGGAGUUCUUGUGGAUGCAUUUUCACAUGUUGCCAGAGAAUCUGAACAGAGCUGUAAGAAGCAAAUGGAACGAGUCCUGAACAUAUGGCAAGAAAGAAUUGUGUACGAUGUUGAUUUUAUUCAGCAGCUUAAGUUGACCGUGGAUGAGUCCAGCAGUCCAGUUUCAGUAGGUGAAGAGAAAAGAGCACUGAAACGCAGUUAUCCAGUUGUUGAAGAUGACGAAGAUGACGAUUAUAGAGUCAACUAUUCCCCAAUUGAUACUGGUGCAGGUCCAAUGUUGACUGAAAAUCUGAUUAAAGCUUUGCAAGACUUGGAAAAUGCAGCAUCCGGUGAUGCAACUGUUCGUCAGAAGAUUGCAUCAUUACCUCAAGAAGUGCAAGAUGUUUCACUCUUGGAGAACAUUGCAGAUAAAGCAGCUGCUGAAAGACUAUCAAAAACAGUUGAUGAAGCUUGUUUGCUGUUAGCUGAAUACAAUGGACGACUUGCAGCAGAACUGGAUGACCGAAGGCAGCUGGCAAGAAUGCUGACUGAAUACAUCAGUAGUCAGAAGGAGAUCCUGGGAGAGAAAGAGAAAAAGCUAGCAGAAUACAAGCAGAAACUGGCCCAAGUAACACAAGUUCGGAAAGAGCUGAAAUCUCAUAUCCAGAAUUUGCCGGACCUAUCGUUGCUUCCCAACGUUACUGGUGGUUUAGCACCAUUGCCUUCUGCUGGUGACCUUUUCUCCAGCGACUGAACCUCUACCCAUUUCUCAGGCGUCAAACCACAAUACCUCCACUGUGUGACUUCUUGAUGGUGUGGACUUAGAAUAAAUGAUGGAAGUGAAUCAGCAAGGCCAAACUUAGGCACAGCAUCUGUGUGCAAACUUCAUUAGAGCUGUAGUAACCCUAACAUAAUGGCUUACAACAGAUUGAAGCAUACAGAGGAAAAUAAACACUAUUCACCUGCAGGUUCCAAACACACUUCAGUCCUAGACCAGGGAUGAUGGGAGCUCUGUAACCAGGAUGGCAAGUGACACCUAAUAUGAAUCAAAUGAACAAUGUUAGCUGUGCUCGUGAGUCCAUUGUACAGAACAUGCUGUUUUUCUCAGGCUGUAAUAUUCAGGAAGCAGGCAAAUUGUUGGCAAUGAAGGUAGUGCGCUAUUGCUGGCUGCUUUUAUGCAUUUCCUGUUUGACAGAUUAAUUGCAACUGAAUUUGACAUGAUAAAUAUGCAUUUCUCCAGGUUAACCAAUCAACUUGCCCUUUUAAGCCAAAUCUUUUUAAAAUUUUUACAUGUCUCUCCAAGAAUAAGAAAACUUUAAACAUGACUGUUACAUAUACUGGAAUAAACAAUUAGUAGUGUAGCUGGUCCUGGUGCCUUUUUGGCUUGUGGUGAAAAAAUGUCUUAAUAAAAGCUGUUCCUUCCAGUUUGUAGUAAGAGCACAAACCCUUUCCCAAUUUAAUCAAACAAUGAAAGGAAAUCCGAAAGAAAAUGACCUUUUAAUGUUGGAAUUGUCUCUUCCAGAAUGGAACAAGAAUUACUUUGGGACUUCCAAUCUGUCUGACAAUACUGCUUUAUCUUUGGUGCACUGUGACAGUGUUUGGACGUGAAGCAAUUUGUCCAGCUGUGUGACUGCUAUGUUUGGUUUUGUACUGUGGGCUCAUAAUUCAGCUUUUUUCUCUCUAAGAGCUAUGUGGCCUAUGGUAAAGUCUACUCUUUUUAGAGCUCUCUAUUGCAUAACCAUGUGUUAAUGUUCCAGGUAGUUGAUGGUAUGGAGCCAAGUCAAUAUUGCCUGAAUAGCUUUUCCUUUAAAUCUAGCAUUAUUUUAAACUAUCCAACUGAAUGAAAUUAUUUUAGUCAUGCAAGCAAAAGACUACUUAUUUCAAGUUUAAACAUUUUUGAAGCUGCAGUUUAGAAGUAUUGUGACUGAAGUUCAGCCUUUUACAGUGUAAAGGUACGAGGUGAUUCGCCAUUUUUACUUUCAUUAACAAUUCAAUUAUAAACAUACUUUAGAAAAAAAUCAGCUGAGAAGCAAAUUAAUUGAAACAUUAUUAUCUCACAAUGAAUGUGCAAGCUUUUGAAUGAAUUCAGUGGUUAGAAACUUGUGUAUUUCAAGACCACCCCCCCCCCCCCCCCACCAUUCCUGCCAUGGAUUUCGAGAAAAGAUUUUAAGUUUUUUUUUUAAGAAAAUGUUUCAGGAGCCAUUGUAGUAAAUUUUCUUUGGCAUGUCCACUUCACAUUGGUUUCUGUUGAUGGUAGAGGUAUUAAGAAGGAAAAUAUGGUAUUCGCUCUUUAGAUGAGAUUUGAAAAGCAGUUGUUUCUCAGUAGGUGAAGUAUUAAAAUGCUAAUCUUUUGAGUUCCCCAUGGAAAAUUGACGCAUUAUCAUUGGGUUUACAUGGUUUGGAAAGAUUGAUUUAACUGAAUGGGGCCCCCCAUUCUUCUCCCCCCCCCCCCCCCCCACAAGUAUUCAGUCAUAACUAAUAGCCCUCUGACCACAUGGAAUUGGAAUCAUUGGUAUCACAGGGAUUUCUAACCAGCCAUAGUGGGAAGUGCAGGUCAUAGAGUAAUCUGAAUUAAUUUGAGAAAGGAACAAAAGUUUUCUAAUUUUAUAUUUACACUUUGCCAUACAAUUGGAACUGGCGUAUCACAGUGUCACAGAGUAAUUCAUUUAUUUUAAAAAGACUGACUCAAGAUUUGACUAUCUAGUGUCAGUUGUUGGUUUUCUUUAUGAUUGAUACCUUUCUGUUAGCUCUCUGCAAUCUGUACAAGGGUCACCAUUGCCUUUUCAAAGUGUAUUCUUCAAAAAUUACUAAUUUUUAUAACUAAAAAUAUUAUUAGCAUUUGAAAUAUGUUUCAAGAAUUUAUAUACAAAUUUGUCUGCAUCACACACGCAUCCCAUUAUUUGGCACACGUGUACUUGAAAAUUUUUCUUGGCAAUGUUGAGGAUACGUUCUUUGCAAGAUAUUUUUUUUCUUUAGGAAGAUCUGACAAAAGUAUUUCCACAGUUUAUUCUGGGCAGGCCUGUACUCCUGCUUUCAUAUUUGGGGGAAAAAGUUUGAGCAUCUUGGUGUUUGAUCUCCAUGUAAAUAUGCAAUAUUCUCAGGGGAAUCAGAUAUUUUUCCUCCAGAAGCAAGUGUACUUUGUUGGGAUCAACAUCUUUUUGAACGGCUAUUAGUGAUUUCUGUUUCAAAUAAUGAGUCAUAAUGUAGAUACAAUGGACUACAACACAAAAUGUAAUGUUACCUUUAACACCCUUCAGAAUAUGCCUUGUCAAAGCCAUGCAUAGUUUUCCAAAAUGGAGCGUUCUGGAAUAAAAGAUUAUUUCUUUAUUUUGUGGGAAAUUUCUCCACUUUGAAAAUGUCCAGAAACCUUUGAAUGUAUUUUAAGAAACCUUAAUAAAACUAGUAAUUUUGAAUAGAA